GUUUGAGAGAGAGAGAGAGAGAGGCAUAGACGGUUUAUAUGUAUCUUCACUUGCUUUGGAAGAGAUGAUUUCACUCUCAUCCUUUGACCUUUCCUCUUCUAUAUCAUGGUUUCUCGACCUCCCUUCUCUACUUCAUGCAUGAACUAUCCCUUAUCUCCCUUCUGCAGCAACAUUAAAUCUCCAAGUUUUAAUUAGAAGCCCAUCCAAUAUACAUAUAUGGCAUCCAUGAAUAACUGGUUAGGUUUCUCUUUAUCCCAUCAAGAACUUCCAUCAUCACAAUCUGAUCAUCAUCAAGACCACUCUCAAAACACAGACUCUCGCCUUGGUUUCCACAGUGAUGAAAUCUCUGGUACCAAUGUCUCUGGCGAGUGCUUUGAUCUCACUUCCGAUUCCACUGCUCCUUCUCUAAACCUCCCUGCCACUUUUGGUAUACUUGAAGCCUUUAGAAACAAUCAGCCUCAAGAUUGGAAUAUGAAGAGUUUAGGCAUGAAUCCAGACACUAACUACAAAACCGCCUCAGGCCUCCCUAUAUUCAUGGGCACUUCAUGCAAUAGCCAAACCAUUGAUCAAAAUCAAGAACCUAAGCUUGAGAACUUCCUUGGUGGCCAUUCUUUUGGUAAUCAUGAACACAAACUGAAUGGCUGCAACACCAUGUAUGAUACCACUGGAGACUAUGUGUUCCAAAACUGUUCUUUGCAACUCCCAUCUGAGGCGACAUCAAAUGAAAGAACCAGCAAUAAUGGAGGAGGUGACAAUAAAAAUAGUUCCAUUGGGUUAUCCAUGAUCAAGACUUGGUUAAGGAACCAGCCAGCACCGACGCAACAAGACACCAAUAAUAAAAACAAUGGUGGUGCACAAAGUUUGUCCCUUUCAAUGAGUACUGGGUCACAGUCAGCUGCUUCUGCUCUGCCACUUCUAGCAGUAAAUGGAGGAGUUAAUAAUACUGGGGGAGAUCAGAGUUCUUCUGAUAAUAACAAGCAACAAAAGAGUACCACACCAAGUCUUGAUAGCCAAACCGGUGCCGUCGAAUCGGUGCCAAGGAAAUCUAUUGAUACUUUUGGCCAAAGAACAUCUAUAUACCGUGGUGUAACGAGACAUAGAUGGACCGGUAGAUAUGAAGCUCAUCUAUGGGACAAUAGCUGUAGAAGAGAAGGACAAACUCGGAAGGGAAGGCAAGGUGGUUAUGACAAAGAAGAGAAGGCAGCUAGAGCCUAUGAUUUAGCAGCAUUGAAAUAUUGGGGCACGACUACUACGACAAAUUUUCCAAUUACCAACUACGAAAAAGAGAUAGAAGAAAUGAAGCACAUGACUAGGCAGGAGUAUGUUGCGUCUCUUCGGAGAAAAAGCAGUGGGUUUUCUCGGGGUGCUUCCAUAUAUCGAGGUGUAACUAGACAUCAUCAGCACGGAAGAUGGCAGGCAAGGAUUGGAAGAGUUGCAGGGAACAAAGACCUUUACUUGGGAACUUUCAGCACCCAAGAGGAAGCAGCAGAGGCCUAUGACAUUGCAGCCAUAAAAUUCCGUGGGCUGAAUGCAGUAACCAACUUUGACAUGAGCAGAUAUGAUGUUAACAGCAUACUCGAGAGCAGCACAUUGCCAAUUGGAGGCGCGGCUAAGCGGUUGAAAGAGGCGGAGCAUGCUGAAAUAGCAAUGGAUAUUGCGCAAAGAACAGAUGAUCAUGACAACAUGGGUUCACAACUCACCGAUGGAAUUAGCAGCUAUGGUGCAGUACAGCAUGGCUGGCCUACUGUUGCAUUUCAACAAGCACAGCCUUUUAGCAUGCACUAUCCAUAUGGCCAGAGGCUUUGGUGCAAGCAAGAACAGGACUCUGACAAUCGCAGCUUUCAAGAGCUUCAUCAACUACAAUUGGGAAAUACCCACAAUUUCUUUCAGCCUUCUGUCUUACAUAACCUUGUGAGCAUGGACUCUUCUUCAAUGGAACAUAGCUCUGGCUCUAAUUCCGUUGUGUAUAGCAGUGGAGUUAAUGAUGGUACUAGUACUGGAACCAAUGGAGGCUAUCAGGGAAUUGGUUAUGGAAGCAGUGCUGGGUAUGCCGUCCCAAUGGCUACGGUUAUUUCUAAUAAUGACAACAACCACAAUCAAGGAAAUGGUUAUGGAGAUGGAGAUCAGGUGAAGGCUCUGGGAUACGAAAACAUGUUUUCCCCGUCUGAUCCAUAUCAUGCCAGGAACUUGCAUUAUCUUUCACAGCAACCUUCAGCCGGUGGGAUCAAGGCUAGUGCAUAUGAUCAGGGUUCAGCAUGCUACAAUUGGGUGCCAACAGCAGUUCCUACCAUUGCAGCAGCAAGGUCCAACAACAUGGCUGUUUGUCAUGGAGCACAACCUUUCACAGUAUGGAAUGAUGGUACAUAAAGGAUUGUGGGAUUGAUCAAGGGAUGAAAAACAGGUGGGUGCGGCAAGGUGAAGGGAUGUAUACAACGACUGAUUUAGUGAUUUUGAUUUUUCACGAUCCUUUCUUCCUUCUUUAUUCACAAAUUGAACCGAGGAAGAUUGGCACUUUUCUCUCUCUCUUUUGUCAUCCUAACUUCGAAGCAUGCAAAUUCUAUAAUUAAAGGGUCGGUUCAACUGAAGUUCAGCAAUAGCAUUUAAGAUCCAGAAUUCUCACUUGCUAUGAAUUUUGGAGAACUUCAGGUUUAUAUAGAUCCUCGGAUAGGUUUUAAUUUCCUAACACCGGACUUUGUAAUUUUCAAUAACAUAGUUAUGAUACAAAGAAUGGCAUUUUUCCUC